AUGACGAGCACUAUCGGUAUUCCAAUCAAGCUCCUCAACGAGGCAGCAGGUCACAUUGUCACGCUCGAGAUCACAUCUGGCGAAGUCUACCGCGGCAAGCUGAUUGAAGCCGAGGACAACAUGAACGUACAGCUGAAAGACAUUACUGUAACCGCCCGCGACGGCCGCGUCUCACAUCUCGAACAAGUGUACAUCCGAGGAAGUCAUGUGCGGUACUUCAUCGUCCCAGACAUGUUGAGGAACGCACCCAUGUUCCGAUCGAGAGGCACAAGGGGCCGCGGUGGCCAGCACCCGCGGCGGCGGUCGCUGAACAAGCUGAAAAUUACGGGCGAAAAGACAACACAAGCAGAGAGCAUGCUACCGGAAGCGCAGCAGCAGCGAGGACGCGCCAUUUGGUGCGUGGACUAG